GACUUGGCCAAAGUUCAAGGUGGCGCCUCAGUUUGGUAAUCCAAAUUGAAACUUGGAGCAUAAUUUUUUUUCGCAGUUGCGAGUAUUUUGCCAACGAUUCUAGUUUGUCAUCGAUGACAGUCACCUGAAACCAAGAGCAACUGAAAUUGACUUCUGGGAAAGGUCUCAGGAAUAACAAGUUUUGGUCAUCGUCAUAUCACGUACUCUGCAUCCAAUUGUAGUGCAAGCAACUUACCGUUUGGUCUCCCACCUCAUGUCUCAACCUGCUUAUCAAAAGCUGAAGCAGUAAAUGGCUUUACUGGACAUCCAUCCCAAAAAAAUGCAGAAGCAAAGGCUAUUGGCAAUAAAAGGCAAGAAUGCCAUUAUCAGGAGCACCACCAUUCAGGCAGAUGCACGUCCAGUCAAGUGGCUGCAUAUGAAAACACUUCGCAGCCCUGUCGAUACGUGCCCGAGGACGGCGUGUCUACCAAUGGAAAUAGCGGAACAAAAUAACGCGAAGUUGAAGUAUACCUUUGCGACCCGCGUUUGAGCCGGAAAAAUGGUGGGCAGGGUUUCCACAAUCCUCAUCCCAUUUCUCAUCCUAAUUGGAUUAAACGUGGCCAAGGAUCUCAAAUCACUUCAGAUUCCUCGAGCGAACAGCAAGAGACUGAUACUGUCCCGUCUGUAUGGAACCAUUUGACGACCGGUCGAAUGUCAAGAGAUCAUUCUAGACCACUGAUACCAUGUUUAUUAUCCCUACCGUUUCGCAUCUAUUGCUUCCAUUGCCAUGAAGUUGGCCAUGAGGCAAAACAAUUUCCCAUUGGUAACUCCGUCAAGCAACCCAACAAAAGGAAGUCAGAUGAAAGUCAGGGGUGCUGUGGACAUGCUAAAAAGGGAACCCAUGCCAUUGAUUGUCAUAGUUUAGCUAUUGUAACUCAGGAAAUUGGAAGCUCUGCUGAGAAACCUUGCAUUUCCAGAUGGGCUACAGGUGCCAAUGCAGUUGCCGAAUUAGUUGGAGGAAAGACGCCAGUUGUCAGAAUAUCCGUCGAUAAUAAUCCUGUUGCUGCUGGUUCUUCGACAAUAGAAGAAACUCUACAAGAGAGUUUUGUCACUCAAAAAAAUAUUGCAAAUGCCACGUUUUCCGUGGAAUCGAAAUCCGUAAUAACUGAAGCUGACAUUGACGAACUUCUAGCUAGCGCUAGAUUUGCUGGAAAUAAAAAGGCGGAUACCUUAUCCAGUAUAAAGAGCGAUUCGUCGGUUUCCAAGACUAAACUCAUCCCCAAUUAUGCGAACAGAAAUGCAGGGAAUUCCAGCCCUUGUUUACCUAGCCCAAUCAGCACAGAAGGAUCUUCCGGAACCAAGGAUGACAAAAAAGGAAACGAGAAGGGGGAAACAGGCAAAAACAAAAACGCGGACAUUCAAAUUUGCAAUCUAUUUUGCCAGCCUUUUAUUUUCAUCUUCUUUAAUUCAAAAAGAGUUGGUACCUUACGCAAUCAAGAGAAGCAACGCUGCGAAGAACUGGCCAAAAAGAUGCAAAUAGAGCAAAGAAGGUCGGAACUGUUUCCCGAAAUCUUUAAAAAAGAUGAAAAGCGAUGUGUCUCGCGUAAAGACGAUGCCAGUAGAAUCACCUCCACAAGAAAUGCCAAAGAAAAGUGCGGAAGAAGAAGAGGUCUUGGCUCGUAUAGAAUUGAUUAAAAGGGUACCCAGAGAGGAGCUGGAAGAAAUUGUUUUGAAGCAUGUUUAUUCUUGUGAUGCAAAUAAAUGCAGUAAAGCAGAAUUGGACACUGCUAAACGUCAGGUGUCGAACUUGCGAAAACAUAUCGCCUUGAUUCAAAAAAAGCAUAAUGUAAGAACAAGUUUUGUUCCUACAAAUAACGCAAUUAUCCAGAAAUUGACUUAUACGAUUCGUUACUGCAGCGAAAAAGUAAAAAAAAAAGCAAAACCGAAACGUAAGCAAACUCGUUCCAUUGCCAUACAAGUAGAAUCGCUGGAUUGUGCAACAUCUGGCCAGCAGAACAUCCCGUUGACAGUUGAAUGUCUUCUCCUGGUGCAUAUCAAAUUAGAGAGGGCUGAACCGCCAUCACCAGAGUUAUCCACUUCAAAGAAGGAUAGCUCAAAUCGUAGUUGUCCACCGCCCAGUGUUGGCAAUUCAGAUGUGGCCCAAUUACCGUGCGAUCCAAUAGUCAGCAGCAGCAAUACAACGAACGAAAGGAUUGUGAAAAUCGAAUAGCAAUACAUGCCAAUAUUACGUGAUAACUCAUUACAUUCCGAAAACAAUCGUGAGCACCAAGAAACAACAGCCACGCUUCAUAGUCAGCUACCGCUACAAGAAUCCACGUUUACUGCCGCUAAACCUGCGCUUUAUGUCAAGAAUAUCGUUGCGUCGCCUCUUGGACAUCCUCCGAAACAAUUUCCAGUUUCUGCCGAUCCGAUCAAUCCUUACGCCAAGUAUUACCAAUCGUCCCAGGAGCGACCCACCAACAGUACGGCAGGUCGAAUUAUAGGACACCUGGAACAGCCACGUGCGUCCUCAUCAAACACUUUACAAGGUGAACUUUCAUCCCUAUCUGCUGGUAUCACCCGUCAAAGACAACAACCUUCAGCAGCUUCCAAUUCGUAUCAGCAACCGUACGUAUGUACUUAUGGGAUCCAACAGAAAAGUCAACGAAUCGAGAACGUCCAAUCGGAUUCCCGACCGAUAAAGCCGGAAAACAUUAACAUUGAAGCAAACAAACCAAUCGAAGUGAUUGGGGCACCAAUUCAGAGAAGCAAGAUGUACGCUUUAGGUUCAUACGAGCUCCCUAUUCAAAUUGAGUUCCAUGAGUCAUAGAACCCUUCCAUGACUGGGUCAUGGUUCUAUGAAUCUCGUUUCGCCCAUUCUUUCUUAAGAACAUGCAAGUUUCGCCAAGAGACACAUGAACGUCUUAAAUAAAGUUUACAUCAUGUAACGCUCUUGUUUCAGCCAAAGUACGAACCACGUGCUUUUGGCACAGAAAGAAGCAGCAUUCUUGUUAAUUCGCAGUGGGAGUUCGCGUGGUUGGAGGUUGGCAUUCUUAAAGGAGGACAAGUUGGGGUCUUUCCUCAAUUAGUGGACAUGAGGAGAUCAAUUUUUAAAAAUCCACAAACUUGAUGAAAACAACUCGGGUAGAUAACUGCACUUCAUUUACUACUUUACUACGUUACUGUUGCAUACACGGAAAUUAACUGGUGAACUAUUCACAAUUGUUGCAGUAUUGGUUAUCUAUACUGGCAAAAGAGAACCAGGGCAACUGGAGAGCUAUGAUCAGAGAGAGAAGCAGCUUGAAAGAAUUUCUACGUACUGUCAGACGAAAAAUGUGUGUCCAGCAAAGCAAGUUUCCAAGAUUGUUGAAGGAAUCAGAGGCAGUUAAAUUCCCGCGAGGCAAUAAGUCGAUAGCAUUGCAGAAAAAAUCCUCUUAACAAUUUCAUCAUCGGCGUUGCUGUGACUAGUGGAAAGUUCAGGCUGACAACUCUUCAAAACCCCUUGGGAAGAAUUUAAUCAUUUAACAAAGGAAUUUUGACUUAUUGUCCAAGCAAGGCCCCAAUUUCUGCAAGUAUUGAAUGCAAAAUUUUAUUUGUUGAUACCAAUUUCUUUUAGAAAAGUCUUUUCAAGAUUCAAGUGGACGCGCCUUUCCGAUGAAAAAGACUUCAGGAGAAGCCUUACAUGGCCGGUAGUGAAUGAGUUGCGCAGACUGAGACGGUGACAUUUCCGAUGCUGAAUUUUUACAAGCGAACGGAUCCUUUUUAGUUAUUGAUCCGUAUUUCAUAUGUUCGAUAAUUUGGCUUCUCUAACUGCUGUGUGGUUC